AUGGCUCGUGCAGCUCCGCCGUCGGGUAUCCUAAGUAUGGACGACUUUAUGAAGCAGAACCAGGAUGAGCACCAAGCACAACGUGAGGCGAGGUAUGCUACUACUGUUCCUCCAGCAAAGAAGGCAAAGUCGAGUGAGAAUGCGACGCCGCUUACCCCAGUUGCGGUUGGUGCCCGGUCAUCCAAGCAUACGAUACUCUUGCAUGAAAAGUAUCAAGCUCUUGGUAUCCAGCAACCGCUGUUCACUUAUGAGGGGAGCAGCAGCUCAAGCUGGGCUGCCAGAGUUAGCUUUCCUGGUCUUGAAGAUGUCGAGGAACUGCAAGGACUGAGUGGGGAUAAGGGAUUCAACAGCAAGCAGGAGGCCAAGGAAGCAUUGAGUGAGAAGGCGUUUGCAGUGCUGGAAGAGAUGGAGAGGCAAGGUAGAGUCAAGAAGGCUGGGAAAACCCGGAAGAAGAGUGUAGGAGGGCAGCUAGAGGAGCAGCAGAAUCUUACGGAGAGAGAGCCAGUGGAAAACUAUGUUGGCAAGCUACUUGAAUACCAACGCUCAAUCUCUGGCCCCCAGCCAACCUACACCGACUACCAAUCCGGCACCCAGUUUGCCUGCCUCCUAACCUUCGAAGGCCACCCCAAACCCUUCGGCACCCUCACUUCCCUCUUCUCCUCAAAGAAAGCAGCGCGUCAAGACGCCGCCCGCCACGCCGUCGAGCACUUCAAAGCCCUGGGCACCUGGCCCCAAGACACGCCCAUCGGCGGCAUCAAGAAGAAGAAAGCCUCGAAAGCCUCCCUACCAUCUCCAUCUCCUCCUUCUUCUUCUUUCUCCUCUUCCCUCCUCUCAUCCAUCCAACCCCCAACUCCCAGUCAAAGUACCAGUGACAGUACUGUGGGUACCAGCUUCGCCCAACGCGUCGCCACCCUCGCCGCAACCCUCGCCCUCCCCACCCCAGAAUGGAAAUACGUCCCGCACCCCUCCGACCCCGCCUUCCACUCUGUCGCCUGUUUCUUCCGCGACGCAGGUCCGCACGAGGGCCCCAUCGGCGAGGUGCGGAAUGUGUUUGGCAAGAAGAAGGCCAAGGAGGAGUGUGCGCGGUUGACGCUCGAGUAUCUGCUUGAUGUUAGGGACAUGAGGCGGGCGUAUGGGGCGAGGAUGAUGGCGGGGGUUGUAGGGGGAGAAGGCGUGGUUGGUGGGGUUGAGGGACGGAGGGUGGAGAGUGGGGGGGAGGGGAGUGAGGAUGAGUUUGUUGAUGCGGAGGAAGGGGGGUUGAUUUGA